UCGGGCCAAGACUACCCUGCUAGGAGAGCUUUCUCCUGUUUGUUUCUAUCAGUUCACUUAUACGUGUCGAGAGUCUGUUCUUUCGUGGUCUUAACAAGAACGCUAAAGAACAGACUUCAACACGGAUAAGUGAACUGAUAGGAAACAAACAGGAGAAAGCUCUCCUAGCAGGGUAGGCCAAGACAGGACAUUAAAACAGUCUAUUACCCAAGUUCACUUGGAGAUAUUGAGAUGCCAAGAUUUUUUGCCCAGCCAGUUAACCCGCGGGCUUCCUGUGCCCACAGUAGACUGGUCCGAUCUUCUACCAUUCAUUUCAAAAUGGCGGCUAGCAAGGUUUUUCCGAAUGGUAUAGGAAGAUAUGUUUGUCAGCUACAAAGACUCACGCUUAACUACUGUAGGGCUGGAGGAAGUAGCAGAGGAAUAAGAGAAUAUAUCGACUCAGAAGUAUUAAAUUUUGCAAAGCAAAACCCAGAAGUUGCUUUCUAUGUUAGAGAACGAAAUGGAAAACACCCUAGAAUCGUAGCAAAGUAUUUGAAUGGAAAUAGCAAGAUCAUUGAUGUGAAGAAUAUGCAGCCAUCUGAAAUAUCAGAGUGGACGAGAAGAUUGCUUGGAGAGUCUGGAGCUAAGAUUGAAAAAAUAAGAAAAUUCUGGCACACAGAUAACCCCUCGAUACAAGGAACAUGGGACCCAUUUCUCAAUAAGCCUUCUUCGACACUAUCGUUUGACUCCCUACAAGAGCAGAGCAAAAAUGGUUGAUGUGCUUUCGGCUGAUUCGUUAACAGCAAAUACGGGCCUUGGAAUGCCUUACUCGACGCUGUGGUCAUACUCGCAUAUGGGGAUCUUGAAUAAGUACUGCCCACGCACAAUGUAGUAUAGUACUCAUUUGAAAGACUAAGUGCUUUGACUGUUUGACUGUGAUAGCUAGAUUUUGACUGACUUAGAUAUUGGGGCAUUGAGGCGUAAGUACCACUGCGCUUAAUCUGUAGCUUUGUAAUUAACAGGUUUACUCUGACCACUGUUUGAGAUAUCAAUUUAAUGGUAUGUUAGCUUGGUAGGCAAUAAAAGAAGAGGGGCAGA